AUCAACAUGAAGGCAGAACUGAUAAAAUGAUACAAGGAACAGCACGUUAAACGCUUCAUGAUGAUUUUGUAAAAUCGAAGAGUGUAUCGAUUUAAAACUACAAUAUCGUAUUGUGUUUUUGUUGGUUCUCAGUGACAAUAAUGAGUUCAGAACUGAUUUUGGGUGUACGUUUAGAUCCUCAAACAUUCUCUACCAUUAAAUUAAACGAUAUUAAUUUUAAAACGAAAGUUGAAGAACUGAAAUACGAGACAGCUGGGAGAGUUAACCUAUCAAAAGAUUUAUUUGAAUUGAUUUACUGUGGGUAUGUUCUUGAAGAUGAUAUGACUCUAGAAUCGUAUGGUUUGAAAAAUGGCUCAAUGAUACAUGUUUUAAGAAAAAGAGAACCAGAACUGCCAUCGUUUCCUAAAUAUAUAUCAGAAGAUGCAAUUUUACAGCUAGUGUCUGCAUUUAAGUCUUUCAAAGAGAAUCCUGGACUUCGAAGUGCUUUAAAUCGCAUAGGUAAAAAACCAGAAGUUAUGGAUAAUAUCAUCUCAUCUUCUCCUGGAUUGCACGAAGAUACCGUAGCAAUUGCAAUUUUACAAGACCCUGAUUUGAUGUCAUAUUUCACAGAUGUAGAUACUGUUCGAAGAUUUGCAGAGGCACAUCCAGUCUUGGUGGAAGCUGCACAAAAUAUAGCUGCAGCUGUUCAUGCUGAAGCACAUAACAAUGUGACCCUUGGCUCCAAUUCUUCGUUAUUUAAUUCACAAUCUGCUGCUUAUUCUUAUACUUUAGACAAUUUAAGCGGCGAUGAAGAAAUGGCAGGAGAUUCUUCCCAAUCUUCAGAUUCUACACAAACACCAAAUUUAUCUUCUAAUCCAACAAAUUCUACGGUGACUGUUGCACAACUUGCAGCAGCAGUUUCUAGAGCAAGAGCUGGAAGUUUUCCCCUCUCCAAUUCUCCUUCUUCCACUUCGGCUGGCAGCACGAAUUCUGGAAUAAUAACUACAGAAAUGUUUACACAAGCUAUGCAACAAGUUCAUUCACCAUCCGUUUUACCACGUUCUUCGGAUUUACGACGAAUGUUAGCGCAAAUGCACGAAUUAGGACUCCAAAACGAUACGUUGAAUCUUCGAGCAUUACAUCUCACAAAUCAUGAUGUAAUAGCGGCGAUUGAACUUGUGUUCAGCGGAUUUAGCAAUAAUUAAGUUUAUAAAAUUAGAAUUUCUAGUGCUCUCAUUUGAACGUUACACACAAAAAUAUAAUUGCAUGUAACUAAUUUUUGUGCAUCUUUAAACGUGAAUCUUUUAUGCGAUUUAAAAAAUUGAAAAUUUUUUUAGUUUCGAAGGAUCUUCAAUUACUGUU